AUGCUAUUACUCGCUAAAAUCGUAUUGUACUGCUUUGCAAUUGCCAAAUGUGCUUCAGCUAGCAACUCAGAUGGAACAGAAGUGAAUGUUGAAAGUGAACAAAAGCCACAGGGACUUUCUUGGGAGGAAUGGCAUAUGGAGCAUGAACAUCAACUGGUGAAAUAUGAUCCUGAAACUUUUUUCGAUUUGCACGAUUCAAAGCACAAGGGAUACAUGGACCGUAAUGAUAUCCUAUCCCUGUACGGAUUGAAUCGCGAUGAAAUUGUCGGUAAAGGAGAUGGAAUGGGUCAACAUGAUGAUUCUGAAGUCGUUGAUGAAGGUUUAGCCGACCGUGUAGUUUCGCUUAUCAUGAAACUUUUGGAUGUUAAUGACGACACAAAGAUUGAAAGGUCAGAGUACCUUGCUUUUGCCAAGAAGGGCAAUGAGAUGCCAGACUUGGGUGUUGGCGUUGGACAUCAUUCAGAUUUUGAAGCAGAAUAUGAGAUUCAUCACUGGAAUCAGUACCAUAAGGAUGAUGAUCCAGAAAUAAAGAACGUUCACAAAGAGGACAUUGAGCAUGAACUAUUGCAUCAUGAGCACGAGAUAGAACAUGAGGAGAUAGUGCAGAAAGGUGCCUCUAGAAGCACUGUCAUUACUGAUGACGAAUUAGAGUCUAGAAUUAAUUUUAUGAAUAUCCCAAGAAAAUAUAAGAAUGGUAUCUGA